UUAAGUUCUCCAGCUCACAGAACUCCACAUGAGACACACAUGAGGGCAGGACAUCAGCCCCUACGACACAAUGGUAAAGAUGAUGAUGAUGGCACCAGCACAGACUUAUUUGCUGCUCUAAAGAGCACAUUUCUUCGAUCUGUCUGUGUGACCACAAAGAAGAAGCCAUUGGAUGAUAAUCUGCGCUGCGCGGAUCUGGAGGACACUGAAUGGAAGUAAAUUAGACAAGAGGAGGCAGGCGUAAGAAACAAACGGAGGACCGCCUCAUUCAACACCGAGCUUUCUUUGGGUGUAGAGUUUCACUCCAGGAUUUUGUUUCGUUGGAGACAACACACUGUGGCACGAAAGGAUCUGGAUUUAACGGAGGGAGAGCCGGGAAGAAGCCGUUUUAUUGAGUCAUGAAGAAGAACGGUUCAACAAAGUGGGGACCUCAGGACACCAAUCAACAGCCCAUGCAGCCCGACAAAACUGGCUGGAUUCGCAAGUUCUGUGGCAAAGGAAUUUUCAGGGAAAUUUGGAAAAGCAGAUUUGUUAUUCUGAAAGGAGAGCAACUCUACAUUUCUGAAAAAGAGGUCAAAGAUGAGAAGAAAAUCCAGGAGGUGGUGGAUCUCACCGACUACGAGAGAUCUGAAGAACUUCGCAAGGCCAAAAGCAGGAGCAAAAAGAAUCACAGCAAGUUCACGCUUCUGCGUUCACGGCAGCCAGGCAACACGGUCCCAAAUCUGGUGUUUUUGGCUGUCAGUCCAGAAGAGAAGGAGUCAUGGAUCAAUGCUUUAAAUGCAGCCAUCACCAGGGCCAAGAAUCACAUAUUGGAUGAGGUGACAGUGGAAGAGGACAGCUUGUUGGCCCAUCCGACGCGUGACAGAGCUAAGAUACCCCACACUCGCCGUCUGCCCACCCGCGGGCACCUCAUGGCUGUGGCUUCCACCACAAACUCAGAUGGCAUGCUGACACUUGACCUCAUCCAGGAAGAAGACGUCCCUUCUGCACAGGAGCAGGUCUCUCAUGAGGAUACCCUCGAUAAAGAUGUUUCUCAGCAUACCCCAGAUACCCAGCGCUCCAUCACAGACACCUCAAAGCUCUCAACCUGUAAUGAGACCUCUGUUAAGUCCCAGAGUCUGCCGAGGAAAAGCGAGAGUGCCUUCGACUGGUUGGAGAACCAUAGUACGCUGCAGCUCCGCAAAAAAAUGCCUACAUCCGACAAGAACCGCUGUGCUUCCAUGGAUGAGAUCCUCACGCACUGUGAGACACGAGCCCUCCCUCACUGCUCAACUUCAGCGCCUGUGCAGCCCAUCAGCCAGCUACAGGACCUCAUCACCCAGAAGCUAGAAAGAACUCAAGAACUGCUAAUGGAGGUACGGGCGCAGGGCACAGGGAAGGGCUCACCGGCUGGGAAGAGCUCCAGGCCGGAGGGUCAGCGGAUGGAGGCGGAGAGGCUUCUGGAAGAGGCGGCGUCCACUUGGGGACAGGCUCGUGACGUGCUGGAGGAAGUAAAAGAACUCAGAGCUUUAUACAAGCAGCUUGACUCCGCCACUUCUGUCACACUCAGUCCUCCACAGAACGACAAACUAAAAAACCCGCAACAAGCAAAUCACCGGAAAAGCAUGAUGUGAGACUACAGAAAGUCCUCCAUUGCAUCAUUUUUCAAUGCACUCUUCCUGUUGACUGUUUUUUUAUCCCUGUAAUCAACAAAAAAUGAAUAACAUGAGCUAUA